AUGACCUCUUUGGCCCAAAAUGGUACCGAAUCGUCGGACCCGGCUUGGUUCCAGACCACUAACAAAAAGGUUGUCUCAAACCACCUUUCGCUGAAGAAAAGACUCGGGUUUCAGCUCAGUGCUGUUGCUGGAAAGAAAGAUUCGAAGACAAACAACAGUGACCCCACAAAAAGCGUGAGUCAAUCGGAAUUCAACGUUGUAUCUUUUGGAACAAAAUCUCACAAAAACUCCAUCGCGGGCGCUGACACCCUGUUGAUGCUCCAGAACGGAGACGAUACCGUCUUGGAAACUGACGACAUUCCUCUUUAUAACAACAGCGAGGAUCUCCCGCCCGCCAGAUCAUUGUACGACUUGAAUGAUGAAGUCAUGAUAUCAUUGAAUAGACCAGUUCAGCACACCGAAUCUUUCAUCAAUAAGGAUCCUCGCAAGUAUGUAAACGUAUUCUCGAAAGAGGAGUUGCCUACAAAACUGGAGGAGGAGAAGAAUAGUUUGAAGAACUCACUUCUGAACAGUGAAGCUGCAGUUUUGGUGUUUGGGUACCCAGAACACAUGGCCAACCAAGUCAUCGCCCGUUUUCUGGAGUUGGGAACUGUUUUGGAGAAGUUCGAGGCCGCUAAAGAAUCUGGAUCCACUACUAGACAUACUCUCUCCACAUUUGCCGGCUCCUUCCCACAAGCAAUGGAGGCAUCCAAGAAUGAUUCGCGCGUGGUACCAAUUUUCAGUGGUCAUUCAUGGGUCAAAAUAACCUACGAUAAUCCAGCAUCUGCUCUUGAUGCAUUGCAAGAAUCUGGUUCUGUUUUCAAUGGCGUUCUUAUAGGAGUUAUUCCAUACACAAAAGAAGCUGUCGAGAAAUUACUGAAAAGAAAAUUAGCGUUGCUGGAGGAUAUCGGUAGUGGUGUCUCCGCUUUCUCUAAUACUGCUAACCCAAAGGGUGACAACGGCAUUCUUGGUGACAAAAGCGAAUUACAAUCUGCAUACUCGAAACGACUUGAUAUCAAGGAUGGUAGUGGCUUGUUUUUGACUUCUCAAAACAACAACACAACUGCCGCUAAAGGAGAUCCUAAAGCAAAUCAAAACUUGGGCUUGUGGGGUUCUAUUUCUAACUACCUAUUCGGAUUCCACGACCUUUAA